UAUAAGAGAUACUGAUUCAAUUCAAGCAACCCUUCAGAUCCUCUUGUUCACACACAGUGAGCACAGAGGACGGGAAAACAGAGAAACGAAGGGACUGAUGCUGCAGAUUUAUUCAAGAAGGGCAAAAAUGAAGAAUUUAUUUGGAGCCCCUCUACAUUUUCUGCUUCUCCUUGCAUCACAAACAUGUGAAGCUGUAAGGAUCAAGUCCACUCCAGGAGCCAGUGCUGAAGGUUUCAUUCAGGCAAAACCUGACGAUACAGUGUCACUGAUUUGUGAGAUUACUGACACCAAUCUGCAGGAAGAGGAGCUGAAUUGGCAGAGGAAUGGUGCAGCGGUGAGCCUAACGGACACAAACAAGAACACCCCCAGCGCUGUGUGCAUCACGCCAGUUAUCCCUGAAGAUGAUGAAGCCACUUUCACCUGUUCUUUGAGAAAAAACUCAACAGCUUCGGCCUCUGUCACCCUGAAAGUCUCAUAUCCUCCACAACUCUCUGGAUCAGAGAACAUUACGAUAGAAGAAGAGGAAGAUCUGGUGCUAGAGUGCGUCAUGAAGGCCAAUCCAUUGGUCACAGCUGUGUUGUGGACACUAAAUGGGAGCACAGUGGAUCUAAUAGGAGGUGGUUUCACUGUAACCAAUGAUGGUCAGAUUAGCAGGCUGCAGAUCAACAACGUGGAUCAGAGUUUGCAUGAUGGGAUCUAUCAGUGCACAGCCGUUUCCCCCAUGUUUCCAAACAGCUCUAAGAUCUUUAAUGUCAAAGUGACAGAAAGAACCAUGAAGUUUCCGUUGGUGCCCUUGAUAGCUGGGCUGGUGGUCGUGUUGGUUACUUCCAUUCUUGCUGUAGUCUCACGGUGGAGGAAAAUAGCAACGUGCUGCAAGAAAUAAGAGGUUUCCCCCUCCAUCCCAAGAGACAGACCACGAUGACCUCACCUCUCAAUGCUUUAUAGAAGCCUGUAAUUAUUUGUUUCGGGAGCUUUCUUAUUUAAUUUCUUUUCUAUAUUUGACUUAUUUAAAAAAAAUGAUCUUGCACUUUUGAGCUGGUGAAGCUGCACCACUGAGGUAUUGGUGAAAAUAACAGAUAAGCAAAAUGACAGGAGCUAUAAGUGUCAUAGAAUGUGUACAAAUACAAUUAAAUCAACUUUUUUUUAAAAAGCGCUUUAACACAGCCAAAAGGGCAACAAAGUGCUGUGCAAUAAAACACCAAGAAACUUAUAGAUAAAAUAUGAGCCCAAAAACAAGAAAACAAUCAAAUAAAUUAAAAAUAGUUACCAAAGCAGUAAACAGAGCAGAGUCUUAUGAAAGGUUAAAAGCUUGGCUGUAAAAAUUGGUUUUAAGCUUAGUUUUAAAAAUGGACAGAGAGGACGCAUAAAAAAUGUUAAAAGGCAGAGCGUUCCAGAGCUUCGAUCCCCUCUACACUACCACUUAGACCCCUGUACCUCCAGGAGAAGCUGGUCUGGCGACCUGAGGUACUGAGGAGAAGUGUAGGUAGAGAGAAGCUCAGAGACGUAAGGCGGGGCAAGACCAUUCAAAUAUUUAAAAACAAACAAAAGAAUCUUGAACUGAACCCUAAAAUAGACAGGCAGCCUAUGAAGGAAAGCCUGGAUUGGUGUAAUAUGGCCUCUCUUUAGUGCUCCAACCAGAAUACAAGCAGCAGCAUUUUGAACUAGCUGCCAACGUGAAAGAGAGUACUGGCUAACCCCAAUUAAAAGUGAAUUACAUUAAUCCAACCGAGAUGUAAUAAAAGCGUUGAUGGCUCAAAGACCUGCAAAGUCAAACGUGGUUUUACCGCAGAUAAGUGCCUCAGAUGAAAAAAGCUUAAAAUUACUAUCCAGUAUAAAACCCAAAUUCAUAAGAGUGUUUAAAAUGUGGAAGCAGGGGAACCAGGUCCGGAGUAGAAGGGUCAUAGUGGUACCAUUACUAUGACAUUACAUUACAAGCACUCAAAAAAAAAAUUAAUUUGACUGGGUUUUUAGAUUAUUUCAUUACCUUGGUUUGACCUUUAAACAACAGGUUCACUGAACUCUUUAUUAUGACAGAAUGUUAUAACUUUUUAAGGUUUUACAUAGCAAUGUCAAGCCUUUCCUUCUAUGUUUUUAUUUUUAUUUUUUUGAUUCAUAUAGACAAUGUGACAAAUUUCUGCAAAACUCAGUUGACCUUUGUUGGUAUAAAUGUACAUUUUAAGACAUUUCUUUUGGUGUAAACACAUUUAGAAAAAACAAAAGUCACAAUGACAUGUUGGUGAGGAAUUUUCCUUUUUAGUAAAUUAUCAUUUUAAAUUCACAUAGACAGCUGUAUUUUUUAACAUUCUGGUGUUGUAAAUAAAUGUUUGGAAUUGCAAUUUCAAUUUUGAAAUCACUGCCUGACCCCACAGCUGUUAAAUGUCAACCCUACAUUUUUGGGAGUGUUUCACGAAUUUAGAAAAAUGCAUUGAUUCCAUUCCAAUGUAAUCUAACAAUUUUGGCAAAAUGAAGAUUUGAAACUGUGACCUGUCAAAGGAAAUACACUAAGUGUGUAAUUCAAAAUAAAAAGAAACAUCUAUGCAGAUCGACAGUAAGAUCAAUACAAUAAAUGUGUGAAUGUUCACAAUUAAAAUCUCUAUUUUGAUCCAUGGUUUGAACAUCUGUUGUGAACUUUAACUCCUGACUCAACAAUAUGGUUAAGGCUUGUUAAAAUGAUGUUAUACAUUUACUUUUUAUGCACUGAAAAGGCACAGACCGUGAGGUUGUGAGGGUCAAGGUCUUGAUUUUUAUGUUCUUUCCAAUAAAAGGAAAAUGUCCUAACAAGUUCACAUAAAAUGGUUAAGUAUAAGACCUAAGAUACUUACUUAACUGAGACAUUUGAUUCCCAAGGAGGGGUUUUGUUACGGGAGGAUACACUUUUUAUUUUUUCAAGAUUAACUAAUCAAGUUAGACAUAAAAAAAUGGAUGUUUAUGGAUUUCAAAUUCUAGAAGCCCAAAAGGACAAGUCUGCAUUGAUUUUCCAUAAAUGAACAACCCUGGGAGUAUUUCAGGCGGGCAACUCGAGCAGUGCGUUUACCUGGUUACUCCUCCCAGCGGGCGGUUCAGUCUAAUUGACUAACCUGUUUAGCAUCCUACUUAAGUUCCAGGUGUGCGGUUCCAUCCCUCUUCUUCCAUUUCCACGAGCUCUGCGUUCAUCACCCCACCCUCCUCCCCGGCUUCUACCUGUGAGCUCCGUUGGGGGUAGUUUAAUACUCAAAGUUUUCUAUAGAGAUCUUUGUUUUAUGUAUCUGAACGGAGCCUUAUGCCAAAUUAAAGGAAAUAUGGAAAUACAUUUUCUUUACUGCAUGAGUUGUCUGACUAAAAUGCAAUUUACAUCAAAAGGCAUUACAGGCAAGGCAAGGACAGUUUAUUUAUUUGGCACAAUUCUUUCAAAAGUUAAUUCAGAGUGCUUUGCAAAAAAAAAAAAAACAAUAGCAAUAUUUUUAAAUGAAAUCUUGUUCACCUUUCGUCAUAUCCCUUCAGGGGUCGCCACAGUAUUUCAGCCUCCACUAACUCAAACUAUUGGUUUGCUAGAAAGUUUUACACCGAAUGCCCUUUCGUGACACAACCCUGUAUUCUAUCUACGGGUCGGAACCAGCACAGGGAGACCCAGACUUGGGCCUCUUUGGGCCUCACGUAGUUAGGCAUUAGUGUGAAAGGUCUUGCCCAAGGUCACACUCUGCAUUAUACUCAUCCCGCCCCCACAAACCCUUGUUUCCCAUGCACCAGUCCUACACGCAGUUAACUGAGCCAUGCAAUGGACAGUCCCCCAGUCAAUUGCCACGCAACGUAGAGACAACAUCCACUCACUAACAUUAAUUAAUUAACUGGCUUGGAGGAAACAUAUAUUCAUUGAAACAAAGAAGGGAGACCCCAAACCUUAUCAUCCACCAAUACACCAUAGCUUGUGGCCAAGGUUGACCAAUCAGAGAAAUCAUUAAUGUCAUAAUUUUAUUAAAAGAUUGCAAUUUGUCUUGAGUUUUUGUUAUUUUCCUUCUCUGUCAUUUUAAUGGUUUUUGAAUCGCACACAUAUGUUUGUAGUCUUGUAGACAUAUUGUAAUCACAUGCUGGGUGUUUUUAAUACAGCCAUAUAAGAUCCAAUAUGAAAAGACAGCUAUGUUCAUAUUAGGAAAUGAUUGGACUGAAGUUGAAAAACAUUGACUUGAUUGUCUGGGAUCCCACCAAUCUAAUGCUGGGGUUUCACAAAUAGGUUUGCAGUGACAUCUGCUGGCCACUUUACUAAAAUGCACAUCCAGGUUUUUAUAGCACAGUCAGUGACUUAUGUUUUUGUUUUUUUGAUAGGGUUGUGGUUUUCACUGGAGCUUAUCACAGAAGGUACUGUUCACUGUGGACAAGGUCACCAUCAGUACCUUGCAUAGUAGCCUAAUGGCACAUUUAGAACAAAAUGUAAGAAGAUGAUAUUUACCCUUUUUAUGAUUUUUGGAUCAUGAGUUUUUAUUGUUUUGUUUUGUUCUUUUUUAUAGAGAACACCAACUAAGCCUCACUUUACAUUAUAAUAUUAACUUUGUAUGCUCACUGUACAUGUUUACCAUAUGACAUUUGCUUUGUGAUAAAGCAGAUACUGACAAUGGAUGAAUGGAAGAUGGAAUACUAUUUUGCCAUGCUUUUAGUGUAAAUGCCCUUGAUUGAUAGUUGUAGCAAUUUUCUGUGUUUUAUCUGUCUUUAUGGCAAAUAUCCAUCAGUCUAAUGAUAACUCUACUGCUCUAUAGUUCAUUGACAAGUUCAAGUAUUUGAAAUAAAUUUAAGUUAGCCAUGUACUGCCUGUGUGUAUCAUAUUUGUGAAAUACUGUACAUUUCUUAAACUUACUCCAUUAAAAACAAUAAAAAUCCAUUUUUCUGAUA